AUGCAGAUAGGCAGUGGAAGAUAUUUAGAAACGGACAAUAAAAAGAAAAUAUAUUACUUUCCCGAUGAUUUCGCUUUCGGGGUAUCAACGGCAGCAUAUCAGAUAGAAGGCGCGUGGAAUGAAGGAGGAAAAGGUGAAAGUAUUUGGGAUAAAUAUCUUCACGAGCAUCCAAAAUAUACGAAAGAUGGUUCGAACGCUGACAUUGCAACAGAUUCCUAUCACAAAUAUAUAGAAGACAUUGAAAUGAUUAAGAAACUUGGCGUCAGAUACUAUCGCACUUCACUUUCUUGGCCUCGAAUAUUACCAGAUGGGACGGAUAACAAGAUAAACAAAGAAGGAGUUUUACACUAUAGGACGCUUUUCAAAGAACUGAUUAAGGCCAACAUAACUCCAGUUGUUACUCUAUACCACUGGGACAUGCCAACUAUAUUUGUAGACUUGGGUGGUUGGAGCAAUCCUGUUUCAGUGGAUUACUUUGAAGAUUAUGCACGAACGUCAUUCCGACUUUUUGGUGACCUAGUAAAGUACUGGUUGACUGUGAAUGAACCUCAUCAGCAUUGUGUUAGCUCUUACGGUGGAUCGACUAUACCGGGCUUAAAAUCACCUGGAGUGGCAUUGUAUCUCUGUACUCAUAAUAUUCUUCUAGCACAUGCUCGCGUGUAUCAUAUUUAUCACCAAGAAUUUCGCGAUGAACAAAAAGGAAAAAUAACUUUAUCCCUGGAUUGUAAUUGGAGUAUGCCAAAACAUAAUGGGAGGCCAGAAGACCAGGAAGCCGCAGAGCGUCAUCUAGAAAUGCAUGUGGGAAUGUUUGCUCAUCCGAUUUAUUCAAAAACUGGUGACUAUCCAGAAUUAGUCCGACAGAGGAUUGACAAUGCUAGUCACGAAGAAGGAUUCUCAAAGUCUCGUCUACCAUAUUUUACUGAUGAACAGAUUGAAGCUUUAAAAGGAAGUUCCGAUUUCUUCAGCCUUAACCACUACACCACUUAUUUGAUAAGGGCUCCCUCUAUCGAGGAUGAAUGGGAAAUACCAUCUUACGAUCACGAUACUGGUGUGAAAGUGGAACAAGAUUUAUCAUGGUCUGUCCCAGGAGUUUCUUGGUUAUCAGUAUAUGCACCGGGUCUUAGGAAAAUGAUUAAAUGGAUAACGAAGAAAUAUGGCAAUGAAAUACCAAUCAUUGUUACCGAAAACGGUGUAAGUGAUAGAGGACAGCUUGACGAUUACGAUCGAGUUUCAUACUUUAAUGAGUACCUAUAUGAAUUGCUACUAGCGAUACAUGAGGAUGGUAGUAACGUAAAGGGAUACUUCGCUUGGAGCCUAAUGGACAAUUUUGAAUGGGACGACGGUUAUAGCCAGAAAUUCGGUCUCUAUAAAGUAGAUUUCAAUGAUCCUAAACGCAAAAGAACCCCAAAGCUAUCUGCAAAAAUCUUCCAUAAUAUCGUGUGUACACGAACAGUUGAUUUCAAUUUCUUAAAACCAUCUCCGGAACCGCAGCUGCUUCUUGACUAA